AUUCACGGAUGAACAGUGGUGGCUUCCGCGCGAUCCCACGGGCGCGGAGUUGGAGACUCUACUGAAAGAGGGUGCUCCCGAAGUAAAAAUAAACUUUGUGUCUUGGUUCAUGAAAAAAGGAGCUGAUGCAAACGUUGAGAUGACAGAUGAGUUGAGAUGUGUUUCCCAAGGUUGUAACCGUGACGUCAUGAAGUAUGAGAAGUAUGACGUGAAUGGGUUUCGAUUCCAUACAGAGACACACCAGAAGGGCCGGGCGAAUCCAAAAACGAUAAAUACUGGUGUCUUCACUAAAGGAUCCGAUACAUUUGAUUACUACGGGAGGUUAGAGAAUGUAUACGAGCUGACCUUCAACCGUACAAACAAACAACUCAAUCUCGUUGUGUUCAAGUGUCAUUGGUUCGACCCAAGAGGUGGACAGAGAAUUACCAAGUCCAUUGGGUUAGUUGAAGUUAAGCCUUCCACCACCUAUACCGGAGCCGAUGUCUAUAUUGUUGCUCACCAAGCCAAGCAAGUUUAUUAUUUGCCGUACCCAUGCCAGAAAGCGGCCCUCAACGGCUGGGAAGUCGUGUUCCAGGUAUCGCCACAUGGUAACCUACCGAUUCCCUCCGAGGACGAUUACAACAACAUUGACCCUGUAACAUACGAGGGAAUUUUCUAUCAAGAGGAAGAGGACUUCGGGCACUUUGAGUUAGAAUGUGUUCUUGAAGAGGACCUCAGGAACGAUGCAGAAACUCGUGGUGAGUCAGUGGUGGAUCUAAAGGACAUAGAUAUGCUCGAGAAGUUACAAGUGGAAGAUGAUAGCGAUGAUGAGCCUCCACCCGUCUAUCAAAAUCCAACUUACUACUCAAAAGAUAGUGAUAGUGAUAGUGGCAAGGAGAAACAAAAUGAGAUUGACGAUGAGAUUGAUGACGGCUGGUGAUUGAACAAUAUGAGCGGCGGCAAGGAGGACUCGUCGAGCUUGCUUAAGAAGAUGCAACAACGCAAGAACAAUGUUAGAAGGAGUGAGAGGGAACCGCGUCGCAAUCCGCGUUACGAGGACUUUGCGGUAGGAGGAGGAGGACGAGGACGAGGACGAGGACGGGGACGAGGUGGUGGAGCUGGAGGUGGCUUGGGAGGAGGUGGAGGUGGAGGUGGAGGUGGAGGUGGAGGUGGAGGUGGAGGUGGCUGGGGAGGACCGGACUUUGAGCCACCACCCUCGGCUUCAGGCGACGUUGCUUCCGGGUUCUUUUUGGAGGGGACGUCUAGAGAGGAGGCGGAGACGGAGUCUAGAGCCGAGGAGGACUCUAGCCGCGGGUUUGAGACUCCGGAGGAGGAUGGGCGGCCGAAGGCACUGAAGAUUCGUGGGGAAGCGAGAGUCCCCGACGAGAGGAAGGAGCCUAAGACCCAUGAGGCGAAGACCCUUAUAAUUCCUGCUGGCCCUGAGUAAGUGUACUAAUUUGGCAAUUUCGAUUUUCAUGUACUAAUGUUUGAUUUUCAUGUGCUAAUGUUUGAUUUUCAUGUGCAGCAAUUGGAUAUUUCCUCCGGGGGUC